UCUUCCUUUCCGUCUCUCUCUUUCCCCCCGUUCGCUCCACUCAUUUCCAUUGCUUCUUUCACCUCUCGCUCUCUCUUGCCCUCCCGGCUCCGCCCAUCUAAGAAUGUCGGAGAUACCGAUCUCCGGCGACGGAGAUGCGGCUGCCAGCUCGUUCCCGCUGGAGAUGUGUCGGGGGCGCCCGCCGGCGCGAGGUACAAGAUGAUGUCGCCUGCUCGGCUUCCUAUAACGCGAUCGCCCUGCCUUACGAUUCCGCCUGGAUUCAGCCCCGGUGCGCUGCUCGAGUCACCCGUCCUCCUCACGAACAUGAAGGCAGAACCCUCACCUACAACGGGAUCGUUUGCCAUGCCCUUAUUUGUGAAUAAUGGUGGUUUGGCUGCUUUGGGUUCUCCAAAGGAUUCUUCUAAAGGUUGUGUUCAUGAAGAUGGCAGCUCUCCAUUUUUUGAGUUCCGGCCACAUAUUAGGUUGUCUUCACGUCCUGGAUUAUCCUCUCUGGCACCUUCGGUUUCUCUAGGUUCAAAUUCAAAGCUGCAAGAAUUUGCAGGGAAAAACCAAAGUUUAUGUGAAACUAAUGGGUCAACAUGUUCCCAACUAGUUAAAACUGAGAAUAUAACUCAAUCUUCAGCGGAAUCCACUUGGUCAGUAACAGAAGCUAAUGCUUUUCCUGAAGAUGCUUCCAAUGAGUUACAGCAGACAAAUGAUUCAGAUUGCAGGAUUCAAGCAUUACAGUCUGAUCAUAAUGGUGCUGCUCCCUUGAAUUCUGUUGAUAAAUCAAUAGAAGAUGGUUAUAAUUGGCGAAAAUAUGGACAGAAACACGUGAAAGGAAGUGAAUUUCCUCGGAGUUAUUACAAAUGCACUCAUCCAAAUUGCCAAAUGAAGAAACAGUUGGAACGCUCUCAUGAUGGACAGAUCACAGAUAUUAUCUACAAAGGUCGGCACGACCAUCCUAAGCCACAGGCUAGUCGCAGAUUAGCAGUUGGUGGAGUUUUCAACGGUCAGGAGGAGGAAAAGGAUGUGUUUUCUUCUUUAGCAAAUGCUGAAGAGAUGUUUUCAAAUGCCCAUGGCCAUGGUUCUCAUUUUAAUCCCAAUUGCAACUCUGAGCUUUCUCCUGUAUCAGUAAGUGAUGAUGAAGUCGAAGUUGAAGGCGGACAGUCCGGACUUGGUGGUGAUGAGGCUGCUGCUGAAGAUGAUCCAGAAUUGAAGCGCAGGAAAUUGGAAGUUGCUACCAUCGAUGCUAAUUCAAUUGCGAAGAAUAAUCGUGAACCUCGAGUUGUUGUUCAAACAGUGAGCGAAGUUGAUAUCUUGGACGACGGGUAUCGCUGGCGCAAAUAUGGACAAAAAGUAGUGAAAGGGAAUCCUAAUCCUAGAAGCUACUAUAAAUGCACCAAUCCUGGUUGCUCCGUAAGGAAACAUGUUGAAAGAGCCUCCCAUGAUCCCAAAGCAGUGAUAACGACCUACGAAGGCAAACACAACCACGACGUCCCUGCCGCUAAAACUGGCAGCAGCACCAACCGCGAAUCAUCUCCGCCAUUGAUAACCGAUGGCAAUAUUCCAACCUCUUAUAUUUCACAUCAAUAUACUCUUCCUGAAGAAAAUAACGCCAUAAACCUUCGUCUUGGUGUCGGUGUCGGCUCUAACCCUACGAGCUUAUUAAGCGAAACACAACAUCUAUCAGGUCUGGAACGCAUCCCAAAGAAUCAUCACCUCCAAUUUCUGAGUUCUGACUGCAACAAUGUUAUGGUUCAAGUGAAUCCUGCAUCAAAACUUUAUGGAAGCUCAAAUAAUGGCAUGUUUGGAUCCAGAGAAGAUAAAACAGAAGGGUUUUCUUUUACCACUCAAAUGAACAAUUCAUCAAGCCAUUAUUACUCCAGAGCAGAUAAUCUGGUAAUGGGGCCAUAGAAAGAUUGAAGGAGCUCUGCAAUGGUGUAAAAUGUUGUGGAAUAUAUUAAUUUAUGCCUCUGCUGCUUGGGACUGGAAACUACGGGUGGAAGGUUAUUAGAAUUCUGUAAAGUUUCAUCCAAAGAGUGAUUUGAUUUCUCCUGCAGCUUCCAUGGAAGAUAAUUGGUGAACGCAGGCUGAGUUGAUGAGUUACUGGGCAGAGUUUAUGAGCUUAUUUUAAUAGUAUUUUGGAUAUUUCUCAAAUCCUACUUACUGCUGUGUAAUUAUGGAAAAAAUGUUGGAUAUUUUAAUGUUUUAAUGUUUUAAUUUUGAUUUGGAAUCAUGGAGACAAUAUUGUAUUGAUUUGAAACCUACAUACGAGUGGCUAUUU